AGCUUCCUUCCACUCACAACGCCCAAAAAACGAGGCUGGGAUGUACCAUGACACUCAUAUGGAGGAUGGAACCUCAUCCAAGGAAAACAGAAUGAUCUACAGUGACUCGAUGCCUCGCAGAGUGGGAAGCUUUUACAGAGUCCCCUCUCCUCGACCUGACAACUCGUUCCAUGAGAGUGCCGGACAGAGUCGAGUGCCAGCGGUGGCGGCGGAAAGCACAGCCAUGACAAACCACCCCAAACGUCAGACCAAUUUUGACCCCUGGUGAGA